AUGAGCGUGGCGAUUGCAUCAUCAGCUUCCAGAACCACCUCCUCCACUUCUUCCACUUCCACUUCCAAUCAUAAUAACAACAAUUCCCAGAACGACCAACAAAUCGGACUAAACGAUCUCAAUCGCAACAAAAUGUCACCCAAAGAUGUCGCUAAUGCAAUUGAUUACGCACACCGAGAGUCCGUCGAAAAUCUCUUGACCAAAAACUCGGAGGAUGAUAGUCACCGAAUGAAGGAUGAGGAUUUGAACAGAUUACGAAAACUUCCAGGGAAUGACGCUUGCAUUGAUUGUGGAGAGAAGGAUCCCAUUUGGGCAUCGGUCAAUUUGGGCAUUUUUGUCUGCCUGUCGUGUUCGGGGUCGCACCGAGCAUUGGGAACACACGUAUCCUUUGUCAGAUCCGUUCAAAUGGAUUCUUGGUCGGACAUACAACUAAAGAAAAUGUACAAUGGAGGAAAUGAUGAAUGUGCUGCCUUUUUGAAAAAACAUGGGAUUGCAUCCGAUUCUUCCCUGAAAGAAAAGUAUGAUUCUCGAGCCGCCUACGGGUUUCAAAAGGUGCUGCUUGCGAGAAUCAAUGGAGAACCGGAACCUACGGAAUUGCCAGAACUCCCCAAGAAAAAGCCAAUCAAGCGUCACUCUUUGAAGCUGGAAGGCUUUGGCAGUGCCCCUCGUGAUUCACAACAAAGGAAGGGACUCUUUCAAAGAAUUAGAACCAUGUCCAUGAACGACGAUGGGACACCAUCCCCGCCACCAAUGCCAACUACUAGUGCUCUUUCCUCGGGCAACAUUGGUGAGUUGCCUGGAAAGGCCAUUCCGCAACAACCCGAAGAUAUCUUUACCAAACUUGGUUUCGGUCCAGCCUCGAUUGGAUCCAUCUCGGAUGUGGAUCUGAGUGAACAUGGCGGCGGUGGUGGUGUUGAUAGAAGCGAACGAAAUUUGAUUGAGGAUGGUGACAAUAAAAGUACGGAUGAGGAGGAUGAAUUCAAUAUUGAUGACCUUGUCAACCAAAUUGUAGAAGACAAUGACAUGUCUUCGACCGUCAGUCGUUGGAGCAAGGCACAACGGGAAUCUAUCGAAAAGAACAUUGAGGAGCAAGGAGAUAAGGCAGAAAAUGAAGAAGGAAACAUCUUUCAUCGACUCAGUCGCUCCAGUUGGUUUGCAGGAGGAAACAACCAAAAUGGAACAGAUGGUAAGAGUCCAAUGGAAAAGUUGGAAGAGGAGAUUCGAAAAAUUGAACACGAUGACAUCAUGUCCAUCAUUCAAGAUGAUAAUGACACCAUCACCACUACUACCGGCACGGAAACGGACACGACCAUGGCAUCUCAAAGUCCAGUGGCACCCGAAGCGCCAUUAACAGGAGGUGAUGAUAAUGAUGAAAUCCUCGCGUCUCCCCCGGGAGGCUUCUUUCGCAAAGUCAGUCGGACCAUUAGCGGUACUAAAACAUUACGAGACACAAAGGAUGCUGAGGCGGCACUGGAUAAAUUCAUGGAUGACCUAUAA